CUUGAUUUGGGCUUCCUUGUAGCUCUUGCUUAUAGAUGUGUGCCAUUGGCGUAUCGGAAAGACUCUCUUAGCUAGAUACCCUGUGCGACGACCAACUCUGGUGAGGAUUGGAAAGGAUGCCGAAUUGGAUCCAUGCUAUCGUUUUCGGAGGUAACAUUUCGGAUGAUGCUAUCUCCUUAUGUCUGAGUCAGCUGGAAGAGGCCUGUGACAGUUGUUCGUAAUACAUAGUAAGCUAUGAAGGUCAAAAGAUGCUUCUUGACUGAGGAAAAGGUAUAUAUUUGCCAUGCAUUACAGGAUCGAAAGGGAAAAUCACACCUUUACCAGAAUCCUCCUCAAUCACGCGUCGCCAGUCUCAAUAUCAGGAUGGCAUGUGGAUAAUAUGGGCUGCAUAAUUCAACGCAAACCAUGCGAAUUCAAAUUCUUUGACAAUUGGAGAAAUUGGACAUCUCAACGAGGAAAGAAUAAAAGAAGAUUUGGCCAGACUUUCUCCGGUCUGGAGCAGUAUGGUGCGCACCAUUAAACGUGAAGGUUAUGGUAUAUGAGCUGCAGUUAGGUGAUAUUAUGCGCAUGAUGUCAGAAGCUAUUCAUGCUCCCGAUGACUCCUUUGCCUUCUUUACUCUUCAAAAUUACUCGUCGUUGAAAGCACAAAGUCCAUUGUUGGGAUACCGCGAGCUCGAGAGUACUGUAAAGCUCCAGGUAAGACCUCCCUUUCCUCCCGAAAUGCACAAAGUAAGCUUAAUCCUAAGUAUACUCCAUCAAGUGUCUUUACAUUGUAGCUAUAUUAGAUGAACUUAAUUGCUACAAUCAAUUCGUUGCUAUCAAUGCCACAGUUGAAUGUGGAAUUGAACGUUUCACGUGCUUUGGAGCAUCGGUAACCCCUAGUGUGAAGUUUCCCCGCAGUACUCAAGCACGAAACCAUCAAAAUGAUUUUUGUCAGACUCUACAACCAAUAUCCAAUAUCCAAUAUCCAAUAUCCAAUAUCCAAUAUCCAAUAUCCAAUAUCCAACUACUUGACACCGCAUCUCAUCGCAUCUACAACUAUGGAGACUGGUCCAAAGAAUGUUCAACAGAUCAAGUCACUCCAUGCAGAUCUUGCACGAAAAUAUGAAUUACACGGUUCCAAAAUUGAACAGAUCUAGCGAAGAUUUAGCCAAAAUCAACGAGCGGAGGCUUUCAAGGCUGGCGUACCAGAAAAUGCGUAUUUGAAACAUUCAAGAGAUCGUUCGCUGGGCAACCCUUGGAAAGUGAUUCCCGAGUUAAAUCUUCAUGACAUGGUGGCAGAGCCUGACUUUCUACUUGAUCAUUUAAAAUACCGUGCGACAACAUCACUUCUGCAUCAAUACAGAGAGGGGGUUCAUAAUGGACCCGGAGAUUGCAUAUUUAUCUUGGAGAGUAUGCGCAACAACAAUCUUGGUCAUGUACAUGGUUUUAAAUAUUGCUACACCCGUUUUUUCGACGAGGAUACUUAUGGCCAAUCAAUCAGAUCAACAACAGCUGCUCAACAUCGCGAUAUUAUAACCAAGCUCGCGUUUGCUUUUCAAAGCAGAGCUAUUGUUCCACAGGAAGUUGGAGAAUUCGUUCUCACCAGGCAGCUGUAUAUCCUUUCACAGCUGAACGUAUUAGUCGGAGACAUUCUAGAAAUUGGAUCUACUACCAAAUCUACGAAGCCCCGACCACGAAAGCCAGGAGAGGCAGUUAUUUCUGCUCCUUUAAACCUUUCCGUUGUUCAAAACCAGGAGAGUUUUUCGUUGGACGACAUAAUGAACAGCUCCUUAGAUCAGAAAACUGCUAUGAACGAUUAUUUGGUUUUGUGUUGCUCUGAGUCAGUUGUUCUACAACACUUGGUCAAUACUUGGUUCUUCAGUCGACCGGAACUUGUACCCGAUGAGAAGGGACGGAUCUUCCCCGUACUAGGCGAUAAGUACAUUAAUAUAUCAAUUUUCGAAUUGAUACACAAUGCUGCUACUGGGGUUGCAAACUGGGAUUACAUACAUCGCCUUCUCCAACUUCUCUCGGAGAGGCCCGAUGAUAAAAUUGCAAACGCUAUUUUGCUUCAGGAGAUAUCAAACGUAGCUCAUCUCGAAUUCUCGCGGGUCCAAAAAGUCUUCAAACGCUAUGUAGCAUUAGGGACAGGUUCAAAGUACUUCAGACGUGUCUCAGGGAAAUAUGACAAUGGAUUUGCGCGUGUAUUGCUCAAGCAAGAUCCAAAGCUUCUAACUAGGGAGAAUCCACAACUUUCUUAUAUCUUUCGCCUCUGUUCCUCUGAGAUUGAUGCCGUCAAAUCAGGUACUUGGAUCAAGAAAUUAGAUGACCUCUAUCGUCUCCACCCCACUGAGCGAUCUGGGGUGCACGAUGCAGUUCUGGACGCAUUCGAUGACCUGGCAGUUAUCGCCAGUUUUGUUCAAGCUCUUUCUGCUACCGUUACUCUGCCACCAAGGAACCCUAGGAGGGGACAGAUAUAUGCGUCAAGGCUCAACAGCUUGCUAGGCGAGCUUGAGCCACUAAAGCAUGAGGUCGAUCUUUCGAAGUUUGCGGUACCUAUGGAAAACCUCCUUGAGCCCGGCAUGACCGAAGGAGCUAUUGAUGCUCUAGAUCAGCUUACGACAAUACGAAUGGGCACAAACACUGGGUCUCUGUACCAGGAUCUUGUAGCAGAUUGCGUGUCGCAGAUCCAAACUCAUUACGAACAGCAGAAGGACAGAGUUGCACAGAUCGGGAAGAAACCUCCUAAGACCUUCGAGGACCCGACCCAUGAGGCCUUGGCACCAGAUAUACUCAUACAACGACGAAAAGAAAAGAACAAGGCUCGGCCCGCAGAUGCCUCUCCUUACGAUAUAACUCGAGACACAGCAAAGGCCACACAAGUGGAAGUAUCCGAGUCGCCUUUGGUAUUCAAAGUCAACAAAAAUACGGCACAGGUCUUCUCCACUAUGUUCGCAAAGUCUGAAGCCCGAGGCUCAGUCAAUUGGACCGCGUUCGAAGCUGCAAUGGUUGAUUUGAAAUUCUCUGUUAUGCCAAAAUUCGGAUCUGUAUACACCUUCUCUCCAGAAGAGAACGUGGGGGCUAAGAAGUCUAUUACGUUCCAUCGGCCUCAUAAGUCGGAGAUUGAGGGAUGGAAGUUGAUUAUAUUUGCUAGUCGACUGAGGAGAGUCUACGGAUGGAACGAAGGAUCUUUUGAGCUGGUUUGACGUUGGGCAGUAGAUUUUAUGGCAUUGCAAAGGGCAGACCCCGGACGAGAAUUAUGGUAUCAUUAAUAGAGCUAAUGCGGUUCUAGUAUGUAGUAGCAGCUAAUACAAUGGCUGUUGCCAAAAUCUUAAUAUACAUUAAGCACCAGGUGUGGCUUUAAGGGUGGCUUUAAGGUGGGGAGAUAGUGCUACUUUAUUGCGCCGGUGGGUAAAACGGGGCCAUGUGACUUCUUUGAGUGAUCAAUGGAAGACCUAUCUGUCCUGAUAGAGGAUAUGAGAUGUUCGAGGCUCGCAUCCACCAAUUUUGAUCUCAUAAGUCAUAAUUAAUUACAAAGCAACGGGCCGGACUAAAGGAAGUAAUUAGUGUUAGCUACUGGUUUUUUGGAUCUUCUCCGACUCGGGCUUUUGACGUC